GCACAUUUAUCGCCUGAUAUACUUUUAGAUAUGCGUUAGGAAACAUAAACCCACAUCACCCGGAAAAUACAUCAAAAUUCAGGAAAAUGGAGGCCCCAGGCGAGAAUGAAUCAUCAGGGCAAUCGGCCAAAUCAAGUGACAAAACGGUGGCCAAAUGCAGUUUCAUGAUUACCGUGGGCACUGAUGGUCUCAUCGAAAUUAGCUCAGUUAAUCAGGAGUGCAAGAAUCCCCAAAGCGGAGCAGACAGUAGUAACUCCCCAUCGACGAAUGGCACUAAAGAAGCCAAGAAAGAGUGCAUAGCUGUGCUCAAAGGGGAUUCAAAUGACAUCGAUGAUGAUUCAACUGAAAAGCUGGAGAAGAGCAAGAAUGCCAAGUCCAUAGAGGAGAUCAAGAAAACCGAGACUUUGCCGCCUUUCGUUAAGAUCUGCAACAAAGAUCUGGCGAAUAGGCCUUCGUUCGUGGUUCUCGAGGACGCUUUGGCUCGGAAUCGGAUUCAACAGGACAUGGAACAGUCGAGGGAGGAGCAAACCUCCAAGUGUCAGGCGCAGCAGACCUCGCUUUCCUACGCCAUUUCUAAUGCAGGAUCCCAGACUGAUAAAGCCUUUCCGCAGUAUCCAACCACCAGCAAUAGCAACCAGAAAGGUAAUACUGUACCAGCCGCUCGCAAGUUAUCCCUGCAAACUGCAGCACAGGUCUGCCAAAAACUUUCAAAUUUAAGUCGGGAGCAACAGCAACAACAGCGACAUCCGUCACUGAAAGAGCAGCAUCAACAGCACAUGUCCUUGCUGCAACAUCAGAACCUGCAGCAGCAGCAGCAGCAGCAUAUGCAGCAUCAUUUGACGCUGCAGCAACACCCGAACAUUCGAGUUCAACCGACCAACAACUCGCCAUAUGUGACCAUCAGUUUUAUGCCCAUGAACCAGCCGGGGACGGCAACAUCGGGUUCUCCUGUCAUGUAUCCUGGCCAGCAGUUCCUGUGCGCCACGCCGAGCAGCUGCUCCUGCUGCACGUGCAGCAAUUGCUAUCCGUCGAGGACGAGUCAAGUCUGUCCAAUGCAGAUGGGCAAUCAGUAUCAAUGUCCAGCCAACGGAAGCAACUGCUGCAUGCUGAAGCCGGAGAGCUUUGCAAACGGCUGCUACAACGGUGGCACAUCCUGCUGUCCUGUGUCGAACAUGGAAUCACAUCCUUCCAUGGGAUUAGGUAGUCAGAUCAGUCAGCACGUGAUGCACCCAGUUCUCGGAACCUCCACUUGUGCGCUCCAGCAGCAGCAGAAUAUUCCGAUUUCUGGAGGAUUUUAUCCCUGUUGCUCGUGCCAAUCGUUGUGCAACCAGUGUUCCCAGUGCAGGGUGCACCCCCAUCCUUGUUGCCACUGCCUGGGACCCUUCAACAACCAACAGGUGUUCCAAUCGCAGCAGCGGCAGCAGCAACAAGCCCAAAGUGUCUGCUGCCCCUUGAAACCAAGCCAGCGACGCAGCAACUUCUACCCCUCCAAGGAAAAGUCACUGAAGUCCAGCGAAAGAUCCCACAAUCCUGAUGGAAUGAAGCCCAUAUUUAACAAGAAGGCCCAGGUUCAGGAGACACCCCCGGAUGCCAAGGACAACCAAAAUGAUCAAGCAACCAGCAAAAAGUCGCCAUUACGCCGAUCCAUGGGAGGAGCAUCAUUUGUGCGGACCACUCCCAACCCAACCUCCUUGUGUGUCGCUCGGAUUGGCAGGACUUGCUUGGUCCUGAGACCCACCAGCAACGCCCUCGUGCCACGCCUCCUGACCAAGCGAAUCAGUCGCUACACCUCCGUGAUAGCCUGGCCAACAAAGAGUCUGAAGCCCAAACUACAAAAUCAAACCACCAUUCAAGAGCAAUGAACAUAAACGUUCUUUCUAUAA